CGAUUUCGAGCGCGGCGCCGACGCGCGCGAUGCGCGCCGACGCGUCCGGACCGCGCGCGCCGACGCGCGCGAUGCGCGUCGCGCGCGCGCCGCGCGCCGCGCGCGUCGCGCGCGCGCCGGGGGCGCGAGAAGACGCGCGCGAGCGACGCCACGUCAUCGUCGUCGGCGCCGCCGCGACCACGCGCGCGGUGACGGACGGCGCGAUCGGACGCGCGCGGCGCGCGCGCGAGGACGUCGUGACGCGAGCGUCGACGUCGACGAACGCGCCGGGGGAGCACGGCCCGGAUAGACGCGAGAAGGGGAGCGAGAAUCAGCAACCACCGAGCGCGCCCGAGGCGAGCGCGCGAGGCGAACGAGGCGAACCGACGAGCGAUGAGCGCGGACCGCGCGAACCCGAGCGCGGGUUGGCGUGGUGGGUGGCGAACGUGCUGCAACCGAUGGAGCUGGCGAAACUGGUCGGGAAAGGGUUUUUGUUUUACGUCGCGUUUAGCGCGACGGCGUUCGCGCUGAGCGCGAAGACGACGACGAAGUCGCAUCCGAUACCGACGCGGUUUGAUGCGUUCGUGGAUAGUGCGAAUAGAAACGAGGUGCGAGCGGUGCACAUCGAUGGGAAUCAGCUCACGUGGGCGCCGAAGGCGAGGAAGAUGGUGACGACGAGCGCCGCAGCGGAGGGGUCGACGGGGACGCCGUUCGACGAGCCGAGGGAGGUCGAGGUCGUGUAUCACACGUCGCGACCAAAAGAUGCGCCGAUGCCGUAUGAUGUCUUGCUGAAGAAUAGAGUAGAUGUGAGCGCACCAGAUUCCAGGAACGGACCGAAUUUUGCACCUUGGGUGGCGUUGCUGAUGUUCGUCCUCUUGGUGAACGUGUUUCGAGGUCAAGGUCAAGGCAAUUUCGGCGGUCCGGGGAUGCGAGGGAUGGGAUCUCCGGGUGGAAUAUCCAUGCCCGGCGUGCAGCGGGGCGGACGCGCGCGCGACGCGAUCGCGCCGCCGACGACGACGUUCGCGGACGUUGCUGGCGUGGAUGAGGCGAAAGAAGAACUCCAAGAAAUCGUCGAUAUUCUGAAGAACCCGGCCAAGUACGCGCGGCUGGGCGCUCGGCCACCGAGCGGCGUCAUGCUCGUAGGUGCACCCGGGACGGGCAAGACACUACUCGCACGCGCGGUCGCAGGCGAAGCUGGCGUUCCAUUCAUUUCGAUCUCCGCAUCUGAGUUUGUUGAGCUCUACGUCGGCAUGGGUGCGGCGCGCGUGCGCGAGGUGUUCGCAAGAGCCAAGGCGCAGUCGCCGUCCAUCGUCUUCAUCGAUGAAAUUGACGCCGUGGCGAAGAGCCGGGGUGACGGUAAGAUGCGAGGGAUGGGUAAUGACGAGCGCGAACAAACUCUAAACCAGUUGCUCACCGAGCUCGACGGGUUUGAGACAGAGUCCAUGGUAAUUUGCAUCGCGGCUACGAAUCGUGCCGACACGCUCGACGCCGCGUUGCGGCGCCCGGGACGUUUCGACCGUACGAUCUCCGUCGAUCGACCAGAUAAGCAAGGUCGACGCGAGAUCUUGGCCGUGCAUACCGGACGUCGGGCGCUUCCAUUAGCCGAGGACGCCGGUCUCGACAUCAUCGCACAAAUGACGGCGGGCUUCACCGGCGCCGACUUGGAAAAUUUGGUCAACGAAGCGGCGCUACUGGCGGGCCGCGAAGGUAAGAGCACUGUGAGUUACACUGAUUUUGAAGCCGCGGUGCUUCGUACGAUCGCGGGCAUUGAGAAGAAGCGAAGCUUGUUGACUGCGGGGGAAAAGCGCACGGUCUCGGCGCACGAAGUGGGACACGCCCUCGUCGCCGCGGCGGUAGGAAGACUGAUUCCAGACACGGAGCGUCCGGAAACGCUGAGCAUUGUGAGUCGAAGCGGAGGCGCUCUGGGUUUUACGUACACCCCACCAACCGAAGAUCGUUGGUUGAUGUACAAGGAUGAACUCCUGGGGAAAGUGACGACGUUCAUGGGUGGACGAGCGGCAGAAAUGGUGGUGUGUAAGCGCAUCAGCUCGGGUGCGAGCGACGAUAUUCAACGUGCGACAAACUUGGCGUACAAGAGCGUCGCUGAAUUGGGUUUCAGCGCCAGCUUGGGCCCGAUGAGUGUUUCUACGCUGUCUUCGGGAGGAAAUGAAGAUCUUCUCAUCGGCUCCGAUAAAGCAAGUGAGGCUGACGCUGUCGUCGAAAAGGAAGUCAAGCACACGCUCACCACGUCUUUGCUCGUCGCGUGCGAUGUCGUUCGGUCCAACCCGGAAGUCAUGAGCGAACUCACCGCCGCACUCGCAGAGAAGGAGAAAAUUUACGGCGACGAAUUGCAAAAGUAUCUCGACAGAGUUGUCGCGCCGCCGUCGCUUGCGCUAUUCUUACGCGGCGAAGCUCCUCCGGUGACCCCGGCCGACGUCGAACUUCUCUCCAACUUCCCAUUGCCAGAGUUCGCGUCGACGACGGCACGAUGAUCUCGACACGGCAUGUACUGAUAUUCGAUUUUUUAGAUACGUUGUC